AUGCCAUGGUGGGAUCUAGCUUGGAACAUCUCCUUGGUGCUGGGUGUGUUGAUCGCCGUAUCGACCGCCGUUUCGCUUUUCAUUUUACCGACAAGCUAUUCUCAUUUCCAUCCAAGAUCUCUUAGCACCGAAGCAUUUUCCGAGAAGGAUAGAGAAGAUGCCGAGAAGUCCGGCUACGGAUACUUCCAGAGAAACAAGAACAGCGACGGCCGGCUAAAAUUCGAGGCUAGCGUUCAGGUCGUUGUUCUGGGAGAUAUUGGUCGGAGUCCGCGAAUGCAAUAUCAUGCCUUGAGUAUCGCACAACAUGGCGGUGUUGUGGACAUCAUCGGCUACACUGGGGCUGAGAUGCACCCGGACAUUCUUCGAAAUCGAAUGAUCAACAUUGUUCCCAUUGAGCCCCUACCCCCACAGCUGCAGACCAGCAAUCGGCUCCUGUUCUUGAUACUAGCACCGCUAAAAGCCCUCUACCAAAUCUGGACUCUAUACCAUGCCCUGGCCCACCGCGCACAAGCCUCAAAAUGGAUGCUCGUUCAAAACCCACCCUCAAUCCCAGUUCUAGCAGUCUGCCAAAUCGUCUGCUUCUUCCGAAACACACGCCUCGUGAUCGACUGGCACAAUUUUGGCUACUCGAUCCUCGCCCUCAAACUUGGCGCCUCCCACCCUCUCGUUAAAGUUUCCGAAUGGUACGAAUCAUUUUUCUCAGCCCAUGGAGUCCACGCCCACUUCGCCGUCACGAACGCCAUGGCCCGUGUCCUAAGAGAGAAAUGGAACAUCCAUAACGCCCUUCCACUCCACGACCGACCAGCAGACAUCUAUCAACCGCUUUCCCUCCAAGCGAGAGAAACACUUCUCCGCAACCUUCCCGCCACUCAAAACUACGUCGAAGAAAUCCUCCUCGGUUCCUGUCGCCUCCUCGUAUCCUCCACAUCCUGGACCCCAGACGAAGACUUCUCAAUCCUCCUCGACGCACUAGUCCGCUACUCAUCCACCGUAGAACUCACCGAAAGCCUCCCAAACAUAAUCGCAAUCAUAACCGGCCGCGGCCCCCAACGAGAAUACUACCUCGAAAAAAUCCGCUCCCUCACCGAAGCGGGAAAAUUAGAUCACUGUCUCGUCUCCACAGCCUGGCUAUCACCCCAACAAUACGCGGCAUUACUCGGCUCAGCAGAUCUAGGACUUUCAUUACAUACGUCGUCAAGUGGUGUGGAUCUUCCCAUGAAAGUCGUAGAUAUGUUCGGGACGGGAUUACCUGUAGCAGGAUGGGGAAAAUUCGAGGCUUGGCCGGAAUUGGUGCGAGAAGGUGAAAAUGGGAGGGGAUUCGAGAGUGCGGAAGGUUUGAGUGAGAUUUUGGAGGAAUUGUUUGGUGGGGAUGGGGAGGAAUUGAAAAGGUUGAGGGAGGGGGCGAUGAAGGAGACGAGACGGAGGUGGAAUGAUGAGUGGAUGCCUGUUGCUGGGAAGUUGUUUCAGUUGAGGCCGUGA